AUGUAAACUUGGGAUUCUGAAUUACCACAUACAAUGCAAAAGAAAUUGAGUCUUUUAUUGGAAUAACGUCAAAAUCUGUAAUAAAAAGAGAAUUAAUUGAAUGGAAAGGACUUGCUAUUUGCUCAUAAGAAAUCUUUAUAGAAAUUGCAAAAUCAAAAUUAACAGACAGUUGAAACUCUUUUGGAAAACGAGAAAACCGAGUUAAUUGAUAUUUUUGAUUAGGAAUUGAUCAAUCAAAAUUCAAGAAGAUAUUCCUCUAGAAGAAUGCCUACUUUAGAGUAAUCCGGUAUAUCAUUUUAAGAGUAAUCGGCGGUAUUUCAAAAAUCAAGUAAAACUAAUAGAUCAGCAUCAACUAAUUUAUCAUAUUUUAACACACAAUCUCCUUAAAGAUUAUCAAAAUUCAAAGUGGAUAACAAUACCAGUCGAAUAUAAGAUCAAGAUUAAACCAUUAAGCAACUCUAAUCCAUAGUUGCAGAACAAUAAGAAAAGUCUCUCAUUCAAAACUAAGAAAUCUAGGUUUUAAAAGAUAAAAACUAAUCAUUGAUAAGAUAAUUAGAAAUUAGUGAAAAAAAUUUCAUUAAAUUUUAAAAAUAAACUGACUUAUUUAAAGAAAAUCUGGUAGAGAAAUUGAAAACUUACGCAUUAAAAUUAGAAACAUUAAAUGAAAAUGAAGAAAAAAUCAUCAUCAUGCAAAAGGAGAACGCUAGAUUGAGAUAAGAAAAGGAGGAGUUACUCGUUUUGAUGAGGAACCAUAACACUGGAGUUAGAAAAUGA